AUGCAGUCUGCAUUUCGGGGUAGCCCCACCUCUCACUGUAGGUUCUACUACCACUGCGCGGAGCGCGACACCACCGGAUGUCCCGCGAAGCUCAUAAUCGACAAGGUGCCGAAGAAGAAGACCAAGCACGGCCGGCGCUCUGGGCUUAAUGACUUGGUGGCGCGGGAAGUUCCCGAAGGAACCGCCGCGCGGCGGCCGCCGAUAAAUGGAGCCGUCGUUGGGGCCUGUCGCGAGUCCUGCUCGCCGCGACCUGCGGUCGCUGGUCGGGGGGAGAAGGGGGAAGACGAGGACGAUUCCGGCUUUGGAUGGGAGGAAAAUCGCGAGAUUCUCGACGCGCUUCCCGUGCUCGAGCGACGCGUGGAUCGCACGCUCACCCCGCGCCGCUUCUGGUGCCGCAACCGGCACAACCACCUUCCGCCGCCGCAGCAGCCGCUCCAAAUGGUCGUCUCCGCCGCCGCCGUCGCGCAGCCACGCAUGUACGUCACGGCUGCGGGCACGGGCGCGACUGUUGCUUCCGCCGCCGCCACGGUGCCUCCGCCCCCGCCGGCGGUCGUGCGGACGGCCUCCUCCACCAGCGGCGUCGCUUCCGCCGCCGAAACUCCGCGCGGCCCGUUGACCCCGAAUUUGGCGGACUGGCCGGUUCCGCCCAAGUCGCGCAGGGGUGGAGAGGAUCGCGGAUCUCCGCCAUGCGGCGGAUUGCCGCCAAGCAGAUCUCCGCCAUGCGCGCAGCCGGGUCGGAAACGGCCUUGGAGCCCGGCGCGCACGGCGGACGAAUCACACGCGACUAGUGUUAAGGACGCCGCCGCGUGCGGCGGCGGUGCGGGGUGGGAUCGCGGCAGCGCCAUUAUGACCCGCCGCCAGCGGAGCCGCAGUGACCAUGAUGUAUUUACCGACGUCAAGCGCGACGUGACUUUUGAGUCUACUCAAAAGUCACCUCAUGAUGUAUUUACCGGCUCCAAGCGCGGCGACUCCGCGUUGCAUCCCCACCCGGCGCCGCCCGCCGCGCCGCCUGGUCCGGCCAUUUCUCAUUAUCUAUUCCCGCACGUCGGCGCACUCAGUGGGAGGUCGACCCUUGAAGCCCCCCUGCUCUCCGCGGUGCUGGAGUCGCUACGCCCGACCGCUGCAACCGCCGCUACCGCCGCUGCUACCGCCGCUACUACCGCUGCUACGGCUGCUACCGCUGCCGCUGCCGCUGGAGCUGCUGGUGCUUCCGCCGCCGGCGCUGCUGCUGCGGCGGGCGUAGAUGCAGUGAUUAGAGGCGCAGCAGCGCGCAGCGGCGCAGCGGCGGCGGGUUCGCGGGAAAGCGCGAGCGGGUACUACGACGGUCUAUUGGGGGAAGUCGCGGGCGCGCAGAGUCCCGCGGCCGCGGUCGACUUAACUUCGCGAUUCUUGUUCCCCCGCGGCGUCCACGUUUCCUCCGCGCGCGGAGACCCCGCGGAUGCCACCCUCGCGGACGCCACCCCCGCGGGCGCAGCCCACGCGUCCGCGGCAACGGCCGCGGACGGACUCGACGCUGACGGUGGCGCGGCGGUGUGUGGGAAGGCGGAGGAGGGGUUUGAGACGCUUUGGUCGUACGUGGAGGCGAAUCUGCGGCAUCGCGCGGCGUCGCAAGCAGCUGCAGCAGCUGCAGCUGCCACCGCUGCCUCCUUCGGGGUGGCGUCACAAGCAACAACAGCAGCAGCAACAGCAGAUACUGCUGGGCCACAUAAGCUGGUGAUGGAUGGUGGCAAGAGCGUUCAGCACAGACUGGCGGCAAGCCUGCCACGUGGGCUUGUAGGAUUGGCCGAGGCGCAACGGGCGGAGGCACCGCAACAGGCUGAGGAAGCUGCUGCUCAUGAGUCUUCUGUGCUUCAUGUUGGCUCGAGCUGCCCUGUUCUGCCCCCUCUGGUGUCCUCCAUCCCUGCUGCUUCUGCUUCUGCUUCUGCUUCUGCUUCUGCUUCUGCUGCUGCUGCUGCUGCUGAUGGUGGUGGUGGCGUUGGCACGGGCAUGGCAGGCAGAAGAUUUGAGGAGAUUCAAGUGCUCUACAUGCAAGGGCUGCUGAGCGGUCAAGGGCACGUGGGCAGAGAAGGGCGGGUGGGCAGUCAAGGGCUGCUGGGAGGUCAGGGUCUGCUGGUGGGCGGUGAAGGGCUGGAGGGGAUGGAGAGGCGAUUUUCAGAGAAAAUGAGGGCUUUCAACAGAGCCGUGCCGCUGAUGCUCAGGGGCUUUCAACAGAGCUAUGCCUCUGAUGCUCAGGGGCUUUCAACAGAGCUAUGCCUCUGA